AUUAUUAGUUUAAACUCGUUUUCAAAUCCCUGACUGUAGCUUUAACUGAAGCAUCUUUGGUUCAUCCCCCUUAUUUUUUAUUUUUAUCCAAACAUUGUGUUACAGCAACCCUUCCUCUGUGUCUGAAGGAUUUUAUGAAGGCGUUUCGGUAUGCUCGCAACACGGAAGUAUAAUGACAGUGCGUGUCCGUGUGCUUAAGAUGAUAAGGAGCUGCUGUUGGCUCAGCCUCUGAUCACAGCUGGAACCUCAACAUGGCACCCAAAGAUCCUCUCCUCAGCUCCCUGAAAGUGUGUGUGUUGAAUUUGCAGUCAGAUGGGGAGGUAGUGACAGACUCCAGCCCUCACCUCAUCUCCUGCUGUGAGCUACUUGAGCUGGUCCUCCGAAAGGGGCUUCAACAACCAGUCCUCAGUCUGGUAAACAGAGAUUAUUGGCAGUGUUUUGAACAGCUUCCCCACCAAGAUGCCUGUGGCAGGCUGUCUGCUGUGUCCUUGGCUGUCGAGCAGACCAAAGUUUGCAGGAAGCUGCUCUCUGCUCAGGGUCGAGGUCGAUACCUGCUCAGGCUGGCCCUCAGCCGCAAGACCCUGGCACAGUUCUUCACACACCUGCUGCACACACCCAGACUCCUGGAGUGGUAUAGCCCAGCUCUAUCAAUCCUCCGGAAUGAGGAAUUUGUAGAACCUUUCAUGUCGCUGCUGCUGGUCCUUUCUCACAUGGAGUUCAAACUGGACAUGGAGAACUGCAGUUUUCUGGAUGAGAGCUGGUUCCUACCAGUGUGUGAUGUGUAUGAAGUAGUGCCAUGUCGAGAAGUUGGGAUGGUUUUGAGGUAUCUCAGUGGCCGCGUCUUCGUCCUUGACUUGAUACCUGAUAGUCAGGCUCAUGUCGAUAAGUUCAUCUCUCCUGGUGACAUUAUCGAUGAGAUCAACGGCACAUCGCUGAGGAAUUCCAAAAAUGGACAGGCAGGUGUGGUUCUGUCCCGGCAGAAGGGCUGCCCUUUGUCCAUCCGUGUACUAAGAUGGCGGGCUCAGGAUGGGACGGUGUAUCGGCCUCUUGUCGAACUCCUGCGGGCCCUGAGGAUGGAGAAUCCCUGUCUGCAGCUUGGUCCUGCUGCCUCCCAACAGCCACCCAGUAAGGACCAGAGGCCUUCUGUGUCUCAGUGUCUUAAAGAGGGAAGAAUUGUGUACAUUGUGGAGUUCCUGGGAAAAGCCAACAUUGGAAUGUUUGGAGGCAAAGAAGUGCUGCAGCAUGCAAUUCCACAAGUGCUGCACAAAAACCUGCCUAGCAAGGAAGUACUUUUAGACAUGAAGGAAACACAUCUGACAUGCACCGAUAGAAACGGCACACUGAUGAUAUUCGAGCAUCAUUAUCCAGAGAUUUCAUGUGUGGGGAGGUUCUCUCAGCCAGGCUACACAAUAUUUGCCUUCUGUGUGGUAGACUGCCCAGAAACACAAGUGUCUCCUGGUUUUUCCUGCGUGGUGCUCAGAGCCAGCUCCAGCAGAGAAUGUGAAGAUAUUGUUUGCCGUAUUGCUGCUGGUUUUAAGCACACUGAAUGGUUUGUGUGACUGCCACUGAUCAUCCCACUUCAUCAACUGUAAUUGUGUAAUUAAAAAAAAGGUGUAAUAAUCA